GGCUUCAUUUUUUUCUUUUCUUUUUCUUUUUGUUCUGUUUCUUUUCUAGUUGUCCUUUAAAAGAACAGUGUCUCAGUUCUACAGCUUUCAUCUUUGUCAGAAAACAAUGUGUGUUUCGGUCAUGUAGACUACAUUUUCAGGUGCUAUCUCUGCUCUGAAAAUGGUGGUUUUGCAUGUUGGUGAAGACAUUCCCUUCGCAUUUUAAUGGGUGUCCCCUCCAACAAGGUUGGCACCGGGCAUUGAUUAGUUCCAGGUUGCAGCCUCAAGGAAACAUGAAAUCGGGAUCAAAGAAGCAAUGGAACUCCAUAGUACCUUUUCGGUUGAGGGGCAAAUCAGCCACUCGCUUUUGCAUGUACCCCAAAGUAAAGUCAGCUGGCCGUAGCCCAGGAAAUACACCAGUUUAUCUAAAUGUGUAUGACUUGACAGCCAUCAAUGGCUAUGUCUACUGGGCAGGCCUUGGUGUCUUCCACUCUGGUGUGGAAGUUCAUGGUGUAGAGUAUGCCUUUGGAGCCCAUGACUACCCAACAAGUGGUGUUUUUGAGGUUGAACCCCGGCAAUGUCCUGGCUUCAAGUUUAGGAAGGCAAUUUUCAUGGGCACUACAUGCUUGGACCCUGGUCAAUUUAGAGAGUUCAUGGAGCGUUACUCGGCGAAUUACAAUGGGGAUACAUAUCACUUGAUUAUUAAGAACUGCAACCAUUUCUGUGAGGAUAUCUGUAACAAGCUGACUGGGAACCGAAUUCCAAAAUGGGUCAAUCGACUAGCAAGAAUAGGUUCACUUUGCAACUGCAUACUCCCUCAGGCCCUUAAGGCUUCUGCGGUGCGACACAAGCCCAAUUUCCGAAACUACGAAAUUGAAAAGAAGAAGCUGAGAACUGCCUUUAGUUGCUUGUCAUCAAUCUCAAUGCAUCAGAAGGAAGUAUCGUUAUCUUCAUUAUUUCUGCACUCUCACUACAAAGGCUGCCUACCGCCAUGGGAGUUGAAAACAUCAAAAAACAGCAGAUUGAAAGAAGGGUAAGAAGACAUCCAUUAAGCAGUCUUCGCCAUGUUGAUGCUUUUGAUAAUUUCAUGAACCUCUAGGCUCUAAGAGGGCAAAAACUGGGCAAGGUUGCUAUUUUGCGUGUUAAUGCAGAAAGCUUUUGAACUUCCAUUUUACCUUUUCCUCUGUGCUGUACUAUGUUUUUGGACUGGUGAUUGUGGAUUUGCUAGAUUUAUAUUGUAAUGUCAUUGAUCUUGAUAUGCUAA